UUUGGACCAAGGCGGGAUACUUCUCUGUUUAUGUUGAUAUCAAUCGAAAUAAACAGUCUUCACAUUUGAGGUUUACUAUUGCACAGUGUACCGCUUUCGUGAAUCGUGUCUCGGUGGAAGGUGAAAGAGAAGAAAUUAUUUUCUCUACUACUAUACGCUGCAUUCACUUCUCACGAUGCCUCCAGAUUCUAAAAGGGAAGAAUUUAGGAAAUAUCUAGAAAGGGCAGGUGUUAUGGAUGCUCUUACAAAGGUACUUGUAUCUUUGUAUGAAGAAUUAGAAAAACCAGAUGAUGCUUUAGAAUACAUUCACCAAAAUCUAGGAGGUAUAACAGAGGUUGAUAUCGAAGUAGAGACUUUAAGAAAAGAACUGGAAGAAGCUAAAGCUAAAAUCGCAGAGCUGAAGGCAAAAUUGGUGAAAUAUGAAGCAGAUGAGGAUGGAGAAUUAAAACACAAAGCUUAGAUUACAAUUGGAUACUAGUCCCUGC